GUAAUCGUAACAUGUAAGACAACAUAAAAUAGAAAAUGCUGAGGAAUUUACAACGAAUAAAAGCACUCAGAGCAUUAGCACCGGCUGCCGAGAAGACACAAUAUCCAACCACAACAGCCACAAAUAUUUUAAGACUUCAAUUUCCAACAACUACAACCGGGCAACAAUAUGGAAAUUUAUACACAAGCCGCAUAUUGCACAAAUACGACAAGAAAUCCUCUAGAGCAACAGAACAUAUAGACAGCGAUGAUGAUGACGAUGAAGAUUUUAAAGAUGAACGUGACUCCAAGGUAGUCAAGGCGAAGGUGAAUUCACUGCGCGCCGAUUUACUUGUAAAGUCGGGUUUGGGCAUGGCCAGAAACAAAGUCGAGUUAGUGUUCUAUGAAAGCAAAAUACGUGUCAAUGGCAAGAAGUUACAAAAGAAGAGUGUACAGCUCAAUGUAGGCGAUGAAAUUGAUGUCAUACGCGGCUUUAGCCAAACAAAUCCCUCCCAUUUAGUUGUAUCGCGUGUCGUCAUACUCGCCGCUAAUGAACACGAUGAGGGUCUCAGCGUACAACUGCGUCGUUACAAGGCACUGCUGAUUGAUAAUUAUAGUGGAUCAAAUGCCUACAAAUCCUCGGAGCCAACUGUGCACUAAAUACCAAAAGUUAAGGUCAAUAAGUCACAUCUUAUUUUUAAAUCAUUUGCUAGGCUUAUGCCAAGCUCAAAAAUCGUAAUGAUGUGAGUUUGAGGUUCGCUCAAACAGGCAGGGCUUAAAUGGGGUUAUGAUGAAGUUCUUUCUAUGACAAUAAUUUGAGAAUUUUGAUAAAUUCGUAUGAAAAUGUUGCGCCCAUCUAUGUAAAGCUUAAGCUCUAAGCUCGACAACAAAAUUCACGAUUAAGAGCAACGCAUGAACCUAGCAUGUGUGUUUUGUAUGAAAUAAAAUUGUUCUAGUUUUAUAUGCCACAUGUACAUUACACUUAGUUAAUCAAUGAACUCGUGCUUAUCAGCGUUUUACGUUGACGCCCAGCGUA